AUGUCGAGACCAGUCUCACAGCCAAACCCCGCGAGCCCGCUGCUAAGUGACUUUUCAGGAACCCUCUCUUCAGCAUUAUCAACAGAUCAACUCGUCCACUCCGAUUCAGCAUGGAGACAACGUCUCUUAUAUAUCACAAACCAGCGUAAUGCACCCCCUAUUCCGAUAUCGAUGAAUACUCCACCCGAAAGACUCAUCGAAUUCAGACUUUUCCAUCAUUACGUUCAGAUGACACAGAAAGGCACCAUCAACUCGCUGGGUCAAGUUGCCUCCCCAAAGAGCUCCAAGAAUCCGUGGUCUGACUGGAUUCUACGUCUUGCCAUCGAAUCUCCGAAUCUGAUGGAUGCGCUUCUGGGAUUUGCUGCCUUUCACCUGCGACACUUGAAUGCAUCCGACAAGGAAAUCACUGAAGCCGCUCAUCGAUACAUGAUGCGUGCCAUUGUAGAGCAUGCUGAUCAGGUACGAAAGGGCAUCACGGCAGAGAAUGCCGAAGUGGUCUUUGCCACUUCCACUUUCAUUGCCUUCCAUGUUGCCUCGGAAAGGCUAACACCAGACGAAAAAGAUGGAUCGAUGAUGCACUGGUUCCAACCUUGGGAUGGAAUCAGGGCGCUACUCGUUGCUUGUUGGGAACACAUUAAAGUGGACGAGAUUAGGAGAUUGAUUCAAUAUGAGCACGCAUUAGAAAUCGUCCCAAUGACAGACGCAGCCUGGGUCAAGCCUACUCCGAUCUUCGACUUCUUGAUUGAGGACUUGAAUCCCGAUUCCGUCGACGGGGAGACGAUGCAUGCUUACACUACGGCAGUAUAUUAUCUCAACAAGAUCGUUACUAUGCCACUCGCCCGACAUGUUUUGAAGUUUUCUGGGAUGGUUUCGAAACGAUUUUUGGAGUUGGUGUUGAAGAAAGAACCCAGGGCAAUGUGUAUUGUUGGCUACCACCUAAUAUUGGUGAAACAAGUUGAUUCGAUAGUAUGGCUACAGCAUUCGGCAAAGAGAGACUUUGCUAUCUUGCUGGAACACUUACCCGAAGAAUGGAAACCGAAGAUGGCUUUGGCAGUUGAAGGAUUUAGAGGUGCUUUGAUAUUUGACGACACCCAAAUUAUGAAGGAGGAUGAUGAUUCUUCGAAGGAGCAUUCGCCAUUUCAUCAAAGGGAAGAAAUGGGUACGAACAGCCGAGCAUCGUGGGUAGAAAGAUGA